AAAGUUGAAAUCUUUACGUAAGGACCCAAAAUUUUACUGUAUCUAGAGAAAGAGAGAGAGAUAAGUUUAAAGCUCUGUGCUUUACUUUAUGGUAAGAGCAUAAUGAUCAUUAUCAGUGGAGACCUUUUUGGUAUGAAUCAGCAGAAAAAACAGAGAACGUAGCCAUGGAAAUUGCUUCUUGUUCGAUUCUUAACAAUCUCAAACUUUCUUGUACCACCAAGGCUUCUCUUUUCAAUCGAUACCUGAGCGAGCGAUCCUCACACGACACUGGAAGUGGAAGAAGACGCAAUUUCUUGUCUUUUUCCAGUUUCCAAGGAAAAUCCCAGAUUCUCGGAAAAUGCUUGCGAUUGCAGAGAUACUCUUCGGUUUGCUUAUCAGCGGGCCGAGAAGACGUAAACCCAUCUGAGGAAUUCGCCGUAAUACUUGAAGUUGAUGGGGUUAUGAUUGAUACAUGGUCAAGUAAUCGCCAAGCUUUCAAUGUAGCUUUUCAAAAGCUUGGGCUCGAUUGUGCAAAUUGGCCUGAACCAGUUUAUUCAGACCUCUUAAGAAAGGGUGCUGCUGAUGAAGAGAAAAUGUUGCUUUUGUAUUUCAACCAGAUUGGUUGGCCUUCGUCGUUGCCAACUAGUGAGAAAGCUAGCUUUGUAAAAAGUGUAUUGCGAGAAAAGAAAAAUGCAAUGGAUGAGUUUUUGAUGUCGAAAAGCUUACCUCUGAAAUCUGGAGUCCAAGAGUUUAUCGAUAGUGCAUAUGCCGAGAGAGUACCUGUUGCUAUUGUAACAGCCUACUGCAAUAGUGGAGACAAAGUAGCCUUAUCAAUUGUGGAGAUGCUUGGCCAAGAAAGACUUCCAAAUGUGAAAAUUAUAGGAGAAAAUGAGGUAGAACAGAGUAUGUAUGGACAACUUGUUCUUGGCAAAGGGGUUUCUUCUAGUCUAGAGGAGCAACUAGUGAAGGAAGUAAAAAAAGCAGCGUCCGCUGAGAAACAGAGGAUAGCAGAAGAAAUUGCAUUGAUGCUGAAGCUAAGUGUUGAUAUUGACACAACCUCAUCUGAGAGAUUGGAAAAGAUUGUAGUUGCAUUGCGUGCUGCUGCAGAACACGCAGGAUUACCUGUAAAAAACUGUGUACUUGUUGCUGGUAGUCAACCUGGAGUUUCUGCUGCAAAAAUGAUAGGCAUGCCGUGUGUAGUCAUGCGAAGCAGUUUGACUGCAAGAGCUGAGUUUCCAUCGGCAAAAGGUGUAAUGGAUGGGUUUGGAGGUGCAGACCUUACAAUCGCAAAACUUAGGAACAAGAUUAAGUCUUGAAAGUUGUCUGAAGUUCAGAAUCUGGAAAUACUGUCGAGAUAUUUGAUCACUUCUCCAAGUUUUUGUGAAGUUUUCGACUUGAUGCAUAUCAAUAGCUAUACAUGAUGUACAAUUUGAUUCUUUGUAAUGUACUGGAAUACUCGUGCGGUUCAUUUUAAGAACAGUGAUUUGGGUGUCUAGGGCAAAAACGUUAAAUUUUGUACCAUUUCAAUUUACAGGAU